AUGUCGAAGUCGCAAAGGCCACUCAUUGGCGGUUGCCGCGAGCCGUUUUGGAGACAUUUUAACUCAGAAGAGUGGGAACCCGAGUGGCGCAUGCUCGUCGACGUGUUGGAGCACGAUUAUAUUUCCACGGAUUGGCGACGGGCGAUCGAAAACCUUCGACGGGGCGUUGAGGAAAAGAGCGAAAACGCCCGAUUGUUGGCCUACAAGGAAUGGCUCGGACAUCUCGAAUUGUUACGUCGUCACGAGCGAAGUGAGCAACUGUGCGCUCUUCUGAGAGAAGCGCUCGACCAAGAUGCGCGCGAUAUCGUGCAGCAUUUCGUGGACGUCGUGACGUCGAACGAGAUCACAGUGGUCGAGAUUGAGGAGACUCGCCUGUGCCUCCGCGCUCUUCGAGGAAUGUGCCUGUUUGUCCCUGCCCUGUGCGAUUAUUUUGUCGACAAUAACAUGGAGCGUCUCUUGGUUCGUUUACAAAAUGACUCAGAGGACUCGAAAAUUCGAGCGGAGGUUCUCGAGUUGUUGCUUGUCGUCGUUGCGGACAGCCAAACGCGUCAACGUGACUUUAUGAGACGCAGCGGCAUACAAACUAUUUGUGCUUUGUAUACAUCCGAGGAGAGCACGAGUGAGCUAGCAGAUCACACGAAGGCAUUCAUCGGCGUGAUCAUUCGGUAUAUAUUACCGACCGGUACUUCUGCGGCGUUGAGUAACGCGCUCACCGCGGAGGCGCGCGAGUCUGUAGAGGAGGCCAUCGGUGCAGACAGCCUGCUGGCUGCCAUCGCGUUUGCAGAGAGCUUAGCGGUAGAUGUAGUUUAG